AUGAGAAAUGGAGGGUCGCAGAUGGAAGCAAGAGAAGAGCAAGAAAGGAUAGCAGCAGACCAAAUUAUAGAAGAAAGAAGAAAGACAGAAGCAGAAGAGAGGGGGGAAAGGAUAAGGGAAUCCAAAUAUAACAUACAUUACAGAAAAAUCGCCAAAGAAGAGUUACCAAAGUACUUAGAAGGGAGGAUGAAGUGGAAAGACAGAAAAAUAUUAGCAAGAUUCAAAUGUGGAAACGAGACCAAAGCGAGGGAAUACUGGAAAGAAGGGGGAGAAAAAAGAUACAGACUAUGUAAAAGGAAAGAAGGAGACCUGAGUCAUGUAAUAGAAGAAUGUGAAAUAACGGGAGGACCAAAGGACAUAGAAAAAACACUAAAUGAGGCUGGAGAUUAA